AUGGAGCCCUCAAUCAGAUUACGUGGAUCCUACCGAGGCGCUUUUACAAAGUUCGCCGACAAGGUGCAGGAGUUUUUGACGUCGAAGGUUGAAGAUUUCGAUUCGUGUGCUGGAUUUUUGGCCCAGUUACAGGAAAAAUAUUCUAAAAUAGAAACCAUCGACAAAGAAAUAUUAGAUAAGUUACAAAAGGAUGAGAAGUGUUCUCAACAGAUGUUGGAUGAGGAAGUUGAGGGUAUUGAGAAUUACAAUGAUCCCAAUAUUUCGGAUUUGGAUAAAUUUCAAUACCUCAUUCAGUCGACUCUGAAGGGCUCAAGGGCCAGGGAAGUAAUCGAAUCGUUCCCCGUAACAGCCGAGCAUUACCCUCAAGCAAUUGAGUGUUUAAAUUCGCGUUUCGGAAGAGAAGAUGUGCUCAUCGAGGUUUACGUGAGAGAACUCCUGAGUCUAGUGCUAAAUAAUGCGUUAGUGCAAGAGCACAAAUUGCCAAUUGUGAAACUUUAUGAUCGUAUCAAGACACAACUGCGAUCCCUUAAAAUGCUUGGUGUUACUAUGGAUAAGUGUGCUUCAAUGCUCUACCCUUUAGUUGAAUCUAGCUUACCGACUGAUCUCCUGAGAAUUUGGGAAAGACACCUAAAUUCGAUGCUACUCAAGUCUGGAAAAGAGAAUUUCAACAAAUUAGAAACUCUGAUGCAGUUUUUGCGUAACGAAAUUGAAAGUGAGGAGAAAAUUUCCUUAGCCACAAGUGGGUUUGGCUUUCAAAACAAAACCAAGAAGGUUGUACAAGGUAAAAUUAAGGCUACCUCUUCCUAUAACAAGACUGUGCCAACUGGAAUGGAACUUUUGACUUCUGCUCAAGAGAAACCAUUUAGGGAUCAGCAGUGUGUAUUCUGUGAGAAAUCUCAUGCUAGUGCUGAGUGCAGGAAGGCGGAAAAUUUGACUUUAGAUCAAAGGAAACAAAUCCUUAUAAAGCGAGGAGCUUGUUUUAAAUGCUUAAAACUGAAUCACAUAUCUUCUUCAUGUAGGGCAAAGUGCAGUUGUACAGUUUGUGGCAAACCGCAUCACGUUCUUCUCUGUAGGAAUAACCGAAAGGUAUCUCCCAACAACACUUCUGUUGGUGAAGGUGACGGCGCCUCCACAGUAUGUGAGCAGGCAUUGGCUAAUGUGUCAUCAACUCCACGUGUCUUGCUACAGACUUUGGUUGUGAUUCUGAGGGGAGAGGAAAGGUGUCUUAAAAUCCGUGCAAUUAUUGAUACUGCCUCUCAAAGGUCCUAUAUCUUGAAGAGCACUGCGGAAAGAGUCGGUUACCAACCAAUGAGAAAGGAAAAUUUGAAACAUUCGUUGUUUGGAGGUUCUUGUACGGAUAUUUGCGAACACGAUGUGUACAAGGUACACCUCUCGUGCAUAGAUGAUAAAUAUCGUUGUAAUUUUGAUGUCUUGGACCAAUCGACCAUUUGUUUAACCAUUCCCCCAGUUUCCCAGGAACUGUGUCAAGAUGAAUUGUCAAAUAUGGGGAUAUCCUUGAGCGAUUGUCAAGGUCCCAUCGAACUGCUCAUAAGAGCAGAUGUUGCUGGCAAACUGAUGACGGGAGGAAUCCAGAGACUCAAAUCGGGAUUAACUGCUAUUGAAACGAAACUGGGUUGGACGAUCUUAGGAUGUGCAAAGGAGCAUUCCGUACCAACUGAAGACUUGAUUGUUACUUCGAUGAUAAUUGGAGAUUUGCGAAUUCCUGAUCUUUGGGAAUUAGAUAUUCUUGGAAUAAAGGACCCUGCCGAAAAACAAUCAAAGGAGGAACUGGAACAAGCAUCUAUCGAACAUUUUGAAAAGACACUGAAGAGAGACAGUGAUGGUCGGUAUAUGGUAUCCUUGCCUUGGAUAAAAGGUUGCCAAGCUCUACCAAAUAAUAAGGUUCUAGCCGAGCGAAGAUUAAGAUCAACAGUGAAGACUUUACAAAAGAAGGGCCUGGUCGAGGGAGUCUUCGAGCAAUGGCUUGAAGAUCAAAUAAUAGAAGAAGUGGAAAACGUUAAAGUGAAGGAGACCAACUGUCAUUACCUUCCACAUAGAGCUGUCAUCAAAGAGCAUUCCACGACGAAGAUUCGUCCAGUCUUCGACGCCUCCGCUAAAGAAAGGGGCAAUGUCUCCUUAAAUGAUUGUUUAGCAAAAGGUCCUAACUACAUUGAACUAAUACCCAGUAUCCUGAAUAAAUUUCGAUUAUUUGAAUACGGAGUAAUAGCUGAUAUUCGAAAGGCUUUUUUGCAGAUAGAGAUAAGUGAAGCGGAUCGCAACUUUCUCAGAUUCUUGUGGUGGGAGGGUGGCGACCCUGGGAAAUUGAAAGUUUUCAGACAUCGCAGGGUAGUGUUUGGAAGUGGAAACACAGAGAAUUAA